AUGGCGUCCCCAACAACGCAAUCCGCGAGCCCCACAGCAAUCCGCUCCCUCUACCGCUCCCUCCUCCGCGCCCUGCCCGCCCGCCAGCACAUACUAUCCAACGACCCGACGCCUCUCCACCGGACGCUGAGGGCGCAGUUCCGGCAACCGUCUUCGGGCGCCGACAAACAGCAACAACAGCCGACGCCGCGCGCCAUCGAGCAGGCCCGUCAGUACGCCGCCUACUUUGCCGCCCAGCGCACCUACACGGCCCUGCUGGAGCGCUACAAUCCGGGCAUGGGCAUGGACGAGGAGGAGCGCGUGCGACUGACCGCCCGAAGGGUCGGCAUGGACUUGCCGGUUGAGUUUGACGGGAGCGAGAAAUGA